GGGACCUAUUGAGGAAGGGUAAUUGUGGAUUGGUGACGGAGAAGCAGAGAAAAAGGAAUGGUUAUUUGUGGUGAGGUGACAAAUUUGACUCUCGUGCGUUGACGUUGAUAGAUACAUAGAUAGAACCCUAAUACUCUAAUCUCAUUCGUCUCAAAUCGAUCCAUCAUCGAAACAGAGACUCUGUCUCUCAAUCUCUUUCCCAGUUUCAGGCCAUGCGACCUUGUUCCUCCGCCAUAGCCCUCUCCAGAGAGGACUCUUUUUUCACUUUCAUCUCUCUUUCUAUCGAUUUCACCACCCAUGUCUUCCUCCGAUGCCCAUACCGCACCCACUAAUAUCAACCCCAAAUGUAUCCUCUUCAAUGCUGCAUCCGGUGCUUCCGCUGGAGUUAUUGCUGCUACGUUUGUGUGUCCUUUAGAUGUUAUCAAAACUAGGUUUCAAGUUGGUGUUCCCCAGCUCGCUAAUGGAACUGUUAAAGGUAGUGUGAUAGUGGCUAGUUUGCAACAAAUAUUCCACAAGGAGGGGUUACGCGGCAUGUACCGUGGGCUGGCUCCCACUGUGUUAGCUUUGCUUCCAAAUUGGGCGGUUUAUUUUACUAUGUAUGAGCAGCUCAAAAGCCUUCUUCAUUCUGAUGAUGAAAGCCAUCACCUUUCAGUUGGAUCUAAUAUGGUAGCUGCUGCUGGUGCUGGAGCUGCAACUACCUUGUUUACAAAUCCACUCUGGGUUGUCAAGACUAGACUUCAAACCCAGGGAAUGAGAUCUGGUGUUGUGCCAUAUAGGAGCACACUAUCUGCAUUGAGGAGAAUUGCAAGUGAGGAGGGCAUACGGGGGCUGUACAGUGGCCUUGUACCUGCUCUAGCCGGUAUCAGUCAUGUUGCCAUUCAAUUCCCGAUGUAUGAAACAAUUAAAUUUUAUUUAGCAAAUCAAGAUGACGCAGCAGUCGAUAAACUUGGUGCACGUGAUGUUGCUAUUGCUUCAUCAGUCUCCAAAAUUUUUGCAUCCACAUUGACAUAUCCCCAUGAGGUUGUACGUUCCAGAUUGCAAGAACAAGGGCAUCACUCUGAGAAACGAUACUCUGGUAUGAUUGACUGCAUUAGAAAGGUUUUUCAACAAGAAGGUGUGCCUGGCUUUUACCGAGGAUGUGCUACCAACCUUUUGAGGACAACACCAGCUGCCGUAAUCACAUUCACCAGCUUUGAAAUGAUACACCGUUUUCUUGUUUCACAUUUUCCUUCUGAUCCACAACCUCAUAUUUUAUGAUAUAAUUGAUUAUGGACAUGAUCAUCUAUCAUCUAUAGCAGUAGAUAAAAAACAUUAGCUAGUCCAGCUAAUUAAUGAUUCUCCUGGCGAUGCAUAUACCAUUCUUUAUAUUUUUAGUUAUUGUUAGGUAGAGCAACACAUUAUUAAAGCAACAAUUGAGACUGUUUUCCCUAGUCAAACGUCUGCAAGGUCAUUGUUUGUACUUUGUAGAGAGACCGAUGGAUAAUUAUAGAUUUGAGAAUGAUGAUGACGAUAAAGACAUUAGUAGUAUGAUACUGUGAGGAUGUCAUUUAUUUUAUUUGGAAACUACUGAAUAAUCUUAUCAUAUCA